UUUUUAAAAAAAGUUUUAAGGAUUUAAUUUAAAAUUUACUAGUGUGUGGGAAGGUUUAUAGUUUUAUAGUUUUAUAGUUUUCCAACUUUGAUGCUGUGUUCCAUCCUUAACUUCCCUCUCGUGGCUUUAUGCUUUCCCAAUUUUCUUCUCUGUCUCAUAUUUGGUCUGCUAUUUUCCUCCCCUUUCUUAGAUGAUAAAGAAUCAAAGACCGACCGGCUCGCCCAUGAUUAGCAUCAGCUCGCAUCACCAAAGCUAUCAAAUCAGACCCAUAGAUAACUAGUCUCUCUGUCCUCUUCUUGAACGAUAAAAUCCCAAAACUCCGUCCCACUUUCACAACUGGGACCUACGUCGGCACAGACACACGACAACUACUAAUCACUUCUCUUCGAUUAUCUAUUUUUCUAACCAAAUCUAAAUAUAUUUUUAAUGUGGCUUACACCUCCCCACGUGGCGUUGUACUACUCGUCAGCACCCAGAUUUCCUUCCCCCCAACUAGUCAGAUAGAUGAUAGAUAUAGAUUGCAGAAAUACACAGCCCCCCAAUCCCCCCCUCCCCCAUUUCCUCACCCCUUUGGCCCUUACACACACGCUGCCACAGCUUCCUCGACAGUCCUGGUUUCUCAUUUCUCAUUUUAACAGCUAUGGGAAUUGACGGUGACAGUGUUGUAAAGGGUUUCGGCGGCGGAUGGGGCGUCGUCGCUAAACCUUGCGAUUCCUGCAAGACUGGCCCUGCUGCUGUCUAUUGUCGACCCGACUCUGCUUUUCUCUGCCUUCCCUGCGACGCCAAAAUUCAUUGCGCCAACAAGCUCGCCUCUCGCCACGAGCGUGUCUGGAUGUGUGAGGUCUGUGAACAAGCUCCUGCUGUGGUCAUGUGCAAGGCUGAUGCUGCCGCUCUCUGUGUCACUUGUGAUGCCGAUAUUCACUCUGCUAACCCAUUAGCCCGUCGCCACGAGCGUGUCCCUGUCGAGCCUUUUUUCGACUCGACGGAAUCAGUUGUUAAAUCCUCUUCUGUUUUCAAUUUUCUGGUCCCUAAUGAAACUAACGCCCCUGUUUGUGAUGGUGCCCAUCACCACGAGGAAGUAGAGGUUUCCUCCUGGCUUUUAUCCAACUCGUUUUUCAACUCUAAGCUCGUCGACGGCCCUGAAAUCAAACCCCCUAGCGGUGAUCAUUUGUUCUUCAACGAAAUGGAUUCUUUUAUUGAUUUUGAAUACCCAAAUCCAGUCAACAACCACAGCGCUAUUAACGACAGCGUCGUCCCUGUUCAGACGAAGCCACUCCCUACGCCGGUUACUAACCAUACCCACUCCCCGGAAAAUUGCUACGACAUUGACUUUUGUAGAUCCAAGCUCAAUUCAUUCGGCUAUCAGCCUCAAUCCCUAAGUCACAGUGUUUCUUCUUCCUCCUUAGAAGUUGGAGUUGUUCCAGAAGGGAAUUCGAUGUCGGAAAUAUCAUACCCGAUGGGUCAAAACGUGAGUACCGGUGCGGAUUCAGGGCUACGGUUGUCAGGACCCGGAAACCAAGCGACACAAUUGUGUGGAAUGGAUCGAGAAGCGAGAGUGUUGAGGUACAGAGAGAAGAGGAAGAACCGGAAAUUCGAGAAGACAAUCCGAUACGCUUCAAGAAAAGCCUAUGCAGAAACCCGUCCCAGAAUCAAAGGCCGGUUUGCGAAACGAACAGAUAUGCUAUCAGAAGUUGAUGAAAUCUAUGGCUCAGCUGCUUCAUCUGUGUUCCUGACAGACGCUCAAUACGGCGUUGUACCAACGUUUUGACCAUAACUCGGCUCAAUCCAGUGCUGCAUAGAUUAUAAUUCUUAUUGUGAACUUUUAAUAAAGGAUGGUAGAUUAUGUGAAAUUAUGUGUUUGAUCUUUAAUGAUGUAAAAAAGAAAAUAUGUGUUUGAAGAAAGGGCAGAUUUUGAGCCGUUGAUUUGCAGGAGCAUGGGGUGUUCACGUGGACGCCUCGUACCUCUUAAACGUAGAGGUUCGUUUACGCUAUCACAACUUGGUUGGUUGGUUGGUUGUUUGUUUGUUUGUUUGUUUUUUUCACCCUCGUUUCCUUGCAAAUAUAACCCAUUUGCCCUUC